AUGUUUCAUAACUCCUUUGUUAAACCCUCUCUCAUAGUGCUUGCACUAUUUCUAUGUUUUGUUCCAUCCUUUGGUUCAGAUAGAAUAGUCCAAGUACGUGAUAUUUGUUCAAAACACCACAAAAACCCUCGUAACUGUGUCAUUAUCUUAAACUCAAUUCCUGGAGUAGCAAAAACAGGAGCAACUCUUGGUAAAAUUUCUUUACUUGUACUUGAUAUGGCUCAUGUCAAUGCUUUUCAAACCAGCACCCAAAUUCACAAUCUCAUAAAGAACACUCCUAACCCUAAUUUGAAAAGACAAUAUUCAUCAUGCUCUAAGGACUAUGAUGAUGUGUUAUAUUUUCUUAACGAAGCCAAAACUUCUUUCACCUCUGGAAAAUUCAAUGACAUGAAUUUCAAUGCUGCUACUGUGGUGAAAGAUGCUGAUCAUUGUAGCUCAACGGCUCCGACUUCUUCGCCAGUACUCAAGAGUAAUGAUGAUUUGGAAGAUGUUAGUAUUAUUAUUAUGAUUCUAGCUGAUUAUUUGGCUGGAAAAUAUUAG